AUGGAGUCUGCUGGUGGAGACAGUGCCGGAGACAGUGCCAGAGAUAUCACCGGCGACAAAGACUCACGCAUCGUAGGAGUGGACACCAAAAAUUUGAUAGCUCAAAUGCUGCUACAAUUGAGCCAUGAAGGCUUCAAGCGCAAAUAUCGAGUUCAGCUUGAUUCAAACAUGGUAAGAGCUCUUUCAUUCCUCGAAAGACCUACCAUCCGCAAGAUGGUUGUCAAGCUGGAUUUAAGUAAGAGUGCAGUGGGCAGGAAGGUGAAAGCAGGGGAACUGAGGCCACACACAAAUGAUGUGAAGCCCCUACUUACUGCUGCAAACAAAUACUACCUGCUGCCAGAUGAGGAAGAACCAUAUAGGUCAUGUAAGUCAAAGCGGUUUAUCACAAAGGUGAUGUUUAUGAGUGAUGUGUGCAGACCGUACUUUGGAGAAGAUGGAGAUGUCAUAUUUGAUGGAAAAAUAGACAUCUUUCCAUUCACAACAAAAGUGUCAGCACAGAGAAAAUCCAAGAACAGACCAAAAGGCACCUUGGAGACAAAGCCAAUUCCAUCAGUGAACAAGGCAGUCAUGAGAGAUUGUCUUAUUCAAAAAAUCAUACCAACAAUCAAGGCUAAAUGGUCAGAUAACAUAAGCAACGACAUAUUCAUACAACAAGACAAUACAAGACCCCACAUCAUGCAUAAUGAUGCAGAAUUUCAGUCAGUUGCAAAUACAGAUGGGUUCAAAUUCCAUAUCAUUUGCCAACCAGCUAAUUCCCCAGAUUGCAAUGUGUUGGAUUUAGGUUUUUUCAUAGCAAUCCAGUCUAUACAAGAUGGCAAACUGGCUAGGGGAGUGGAUGACUUGUUGGGUAAUGUGCAAAGCUCUUUUGAAGAACUUAGUGCGCAAACACUCAACAAAGUUUUUCUAACUCUUCAAGCUUGCUUAACAGAGAUUUUGAAAGUGGAAGGGGGAAAUGGCUACAAAACUCCACAUAUAAACAAAGACAGGUUGCCAAGGCUGGGGAUAUACUUCCACACACAUUGGAGGUUGAAGAACAUGUUGUCAAGGCUGCAGUGGCAUACCUCCAACAGACAAAAAAUGAUGCUGGCACAUCAUAUGACAUCUCAGGUUUCUGUAGAGCUGUAG